AUGAAUGGAAAACCAACAUGUUUGAUUUGUAAUCAACAAGUUGCUGUGGCCAAAGAAUACAACGUUCAAAGGCCUUAUGAAACUAACCAUGCUAUGAAGUACAAUAAAUAUAGUGGAAAGUUACGUGAAGACAAAGUUAAGGAGUUGGAGCAGUCAUUGAAAAAGCAGCGGUCAAUAUUUAAGAGUUUUCAUCAAGUCAGUGAUGCUGCAGUUAAGGCAAGUUACAGGAUUGCCCAUGAAAUAGCUGUGUCAUCGAAGCCAUUUUCUGAAGGGAACUAUAUAAAGAAAUAUACGUUGAUGGCUUCAGAAGAUAUUUGCCCGGAAAAACGUCAAGCAUUUGCAAACAUAAGCCUCUCAAGAAAUACAGUUGCAGAAAGAAUUGGUGAAUUAUCAGAGAAUAUUAACAGUCAACUCAAAGACAAAGUUAAGUCCUUUACUGCAUUUUCAGUUACAAUUGAUGAAAGUACCGAUGUAAGUGAUGUAGCACAACUUGCAGUUUUUAUACGUGGUGUGGAUGAAAAUAUGCAGGUAACAGAAGAAUUUGUGAAACUGGUACCAGUGAAAGGAACAACAACAGGUGAGGACAUCUUUGUGGGUUUGGUGGGGGCACUGGAUAAAUUAGGUGUUGACUGGGCACAAACUGUGAGUCUGGCUACAGAUGGAGCACCGCAAAUGAUGGGUAGAAAAGCUGACGUGGCAACAAAAUUAAAGGAAAAACUAAGAGCUGUGAACCCGAACCAUCAAAUUUAUAAUGUGCAUUGUAUUAUACAUAAAGAAGUGUUGUGUAGUAAAACAUUAAAGAUGGAUAAAGUCAUGGAUGUUGUUAUAAAGACAGUGAACUUCAUACACGCGCAAGGUCUGAACCACAGACAGUUCAACUGCUUAUUGGAGGAAAAUGAGAACACACACGGACUGCCAUAUCACACUGAUGUUCGCUGGUUAAGACGGGGAGUCGUACUGAAGCGAUUUUAUGAAUUGCGCAGUGAAAUACAGAUGUUUAUGGAACAGAAAGGAAGGGAUUUGCAUGAACUGAAAGAUAAUGAAUGGGUUCAAGAUCUAACUUUCAUGGUGGAUAUUACAGAACACUUAUAUUACGUGAACACAAAGAUGCAAGGACGCAAUAAAUUGGUGACAGAGUUUUAUGACUGCAUUCGUGCCUUUGAGAUGAAACUUCAGCUUUUUGAACGGCAACUAUGA